AUGAAAAUAGAGAGGAAAAUAUUCAAGAACAUCCAGAACCUGCACUUGCUCAAUCAAAGGCAGCAAAAAAAUGUUGAAAGAACAAUUUUUCUACCAUUCCCUCAAAGAGCCAUCCAGCCAAGCAAGAAGUCUGAAGAAACUGACAAAGAGAUUCUAGAGACUUUUAGAAAGGUAGAGGUGAAUAUACUUCUACUGGAUGCAAUCAAACAAAUACCUAGAUACGCCAAAUUCUUGAAAGAUUUGUGUAUCCAUAGAAGGCGUCUGAAGGGCAAUGAAAGGCCUAUAGGUGUGAUUAUUCAGUUGGUUAAUAGGAGCACAACACAUCCAGUUGGACUUGUGGAAGAUGUGUUAGUGAGAGUAAACGACCUUAUUUUCUUAACUGAUUUCUACAUUCUGGACAAAGAAUCAGUGAAGAGUAUUGCAUCAAUAAUUUUGGGAAGACAGUUUUUGAAGACUGCAAGAACGAAGAUUGAUGUGCAUGUUGGGACAAUUACCAUGGAUUUUGGAGACAAUAUUGUAGAAUAUGAUGUAUUGAGUACAACAAGUACAGUUGAAUCUAACCCUCGUGAUAUGAAUGUUGCAAAGAUUAUAACAAAUGAAGGUGCCAAAUCACUUCCAUCAAUGAAGCAACUUCCCACAUUACAGUUAAAGCCCUUACAUGAGCAUAUGAAAUAUGCUUAUCUGGAAACAAAUGAAAAGCUUCCAGUGAUAAUCUCCAACAAGCUUGAUAUUGAUUCAGAGGAGAGAUUGCUUGAAGCGAUCAAAAAGCACAAGAGAGCCAUAUGCUAG